AAAGUUUUUCCGGGAUUUUUCUUCUUUUCACUUGCACAAACAGCUCUUAAAUUUAUCAAUUGUGAAUAAAAUAGUUCCAAAGUUAUAUCUCUGCAAAGCAUUGAUUCGGAUUUACCUUGUCAGUGUGAAUCUUUCGACUUAGAACUUAGAAGCAGUUGCAGCUGUUGCAUAUAAAAAGACCGACUAAGUAUCCAGAAACACUGCAAAUCCGAUAAAUUGAAAGGAAUUCUCAGGAGAACUGGACACACUGGGAUCACAAGAUUUCAAGAAAGUGAAAGAAGUUGCUUAUUAUUUACCUCAGGAUCUCAGUAAUUAUUAGAGAAAUACUUUGAGGGUUUCAGAUAAACCAGGAUUUCCUUAAGGGUUCAGGAAAUGUCUGAAUACAGUUUAGAAUCCUUGAGCAUUCCAGGUGACACAAUAUCCUGCAAAAUUAAUCCGCAAACCUUUCAAGAUGAGAAUAAUAUCAAGUAUAGUACAGUGUCUUAUAAUUCUAAUUCAAAUAGAGAACGAUCUUCUCCUGACCAGUUGAAGCAUCUAUUUGAAUUUAUGACCACCAAUUUGAAUCUUCUGAAUAAAAACAGUGACAAAGGGAAAAGAAAUAAUGCUGGUAUUCGAAAUCUUUGGAAGAAACUCACACAAGAACUUAAUAAUCUAGGACCUCCGAGACGUACAACCACAGAAUGGAAGAAGAUUUGGGCAUCCAACAAAUUCAAAUUGAAGAAGAAACUCUCCAUUAAAUAUUCUUCAAGUCGAAUGAGCAGUUUCGGAUAUUCAAUGGAAUCCUUGGAUAAUCAUGUGAAAGGAAUUUUUGGUCAGAAGCAGUAUGCCCAAAUUCCAGGAAAAUUUACUGAAGUCACUGAAGACCAAAUAUGUGGAAAAAUCUUAAAUAAAACGGAAAAGUUGCAGAGAAUCAGACAAUCUUGCAGGAUUUGCUUAGAAAAUGACGUUAAGAUGAAAUCCUUGAAACAAAAGUUCCAGAAAAUGUAUGUAGCACUGAUAGGAAAACCAUUGGAAUCUCAUGGACUCUCAUCAAUGAAAAUCUGUGAGCGUUGCAUCACAGAACUCACACGAGCAUACAAAUUCCAGCUACUUUGCCUCAAAACGGAAGAAUAUUUCACCUCUCUGAAAAUCCCUGAAAUUUCUCCUGAUGUGAAAGAUUCUCUCAAAGUAUCACAAGAAAAACUGAACACAGAAGAAUCCCUUCCAGACUCAACUACUCAUCAACUAUGCAAUCUCUGUGGGAAGAUGCUGAAGGCAGAGAGCAUGAAGGCCCAUUUGAAGCGUCAUGAGGCAGAUCAGGAGGAUCCUACUGUGCGACCUUUUAUCUGUAGUGAAUGUGGACGAUCUUACAGGACACUGUGCAACCUUCAGAGUCACAUGUCCUACACACAUACCAAGAGUAAAUCUUUCAAGUGCCGUUACUGCGAGGAUAUCUUCAUCUCGUACUUUCGGAAGCGCCUACACGAGAGCAAGUGCAAACUCCAACAGCAGACUCUCAAUCAUCCUUGCCCGGUUUGUCAGCAAACCUUCUCUCAUUCCUCCAAGAGAGAUGAUCAUGUGAGGGUACGGCAUACCUUUGAGAGACCUUUCAAAUGCCCUGAGCCGGAGUGUGAAAAGAGUUUCUUCACCAAACGCGUCCUUCGACGUCAUAUGGCCAAUCACUCUUCAAAUAAGACCAAGAUCUCGUGUACCAUUUGCAACAAGAUCCUUCGUUCCUGGCGCUCACUGACCACUCACAUGAACUCUCAUGAUGAUCAGCAACCAUCUCAUCUCACAUGCCAUCUAUGCCUGGAAACCUUCUCCGAGGAAAAGGCCUUCGCAUUGCACAUGCAACAAUGUAAUCAAUGCCAUUUGAAAUCCCCAAUCGAAAUGUUCGAUAAAAUAGAUAGCCUAGAUAAGGCUUUGGAGGGAAAUCACAAACACUGAGAUUAAAGCUAUAGCUAUACAUUAGACAUAAUUUAUUGAAAUAUUUCUUUUCAAUAUCAAAUAUUGACAAGGAUUGCCUCCACAUUGCAAAGAUUUAUUGACAUAAAUGUUUCAAUAUUGAAGAAAAUUGUCCAGUGUGUAGGUAUAUAUUGAAAUAUUAGUUUCAAUAUGGAACAUUUUAUUCAAUAUUUUGUUUCAUUAUUUUGAAUGGCUACAAACUAGGCCAAAUUAUGUCAAUAAAAAAUUUCAAAGUCACAUUGAAAUAAAAUUUCAAAGAAGUUCUAAAUAUCAAA